UGAUGCUGAGGAGGCGGGCGGGGCCGUUUUCCUUGCAGUGCAGUGCCCUGCCGCGGAGUGAUGUAGCAGGUCGUGGGGACGGAGCGGACACGGAGUGAAGCAGAGCAAACGUCUGUACGUUCGUUUUUCUUUCAACAAAUCCGUUCAUAUUUACACCACUGCAGCCUUUCACGAAAGCACAAUGGAUUUACCAAUUGACUGAUCAAAUUGAACGUCAACAGCGUUGGACAGCAUCCGUGUAGCCUGGCGCACGGACAUCUUGAUUCUCUCAUAUCAGGACACCGGAGUGUGGACAGAUAGGGUGUUCAUCCCUCGUUUCGGUUAUUGUGGAAAUCGUGCUCCACACCUCACCAUGGCGUGGCCCUGUAUCAGCAGGGCGUGCUGCAUGGCCCGCUUCUGGAACCAGCUGGACAAGGCUGACAUUGCGGUGCCUUUGGUCUUCACCAAGUACACGGACGUCUCCGAGAUGCAGCACAUCCAGCUGCAGCCGCCACUCCACCCUCCCCAGGCCCGGGUCGCCAUAGAAACGCAGCCGUCUCGCGUCGCUACGCCGCCGCGGAGGUGCGUCUCCGAGGAGCGCGUGUGCAGCUCGGUGAUGCGCGAGGACUUUAAGCACUGGAAAGUGCGACCCGAGCCGAGCUGCAAGCCCAAGAAUGAGUACCACGGACCGGAGACGCCGUUCAACAGCGAGACCCAGUACCAGAAGGACUUCAAGCCCUGGCCCAUCCCGAAAAGGUACGACCACCCCUGGAUACCCAAACCCCCCACGACCGGCGAUGACCGGGCGCCUGACAGGUCCAGGCGCGCCAAAAAGCACGUGGCGCUGGCGGAUGCGGACAGCGGCGUGGAGAAGAGCGCUAUCGCAGACAAGGUGCAGGAGAAGGACCUCCUCCACGGCCACGAGAGGAAAAAGCGGUCCAGUAAGCAGGAGGGGGAGAAGAAAGUAGUCGCGAAGGUGGAGGGAGAGGGCAAAGGGAGAGCGGUGGAUGCGGUGAACAGACAGAUCAAACAGGAGAUUGCAGCCGGCAGCUCAUACAAAACCGAGUUCAAGGCCUACAGGGACGUGAAGCCGGUGAAGAUGAUCCGGGCCAAGUCCCAGUACCUGCCGCCGGACGAGAAGACGAGCCUGGAGACGAGCUACAGUGCCACGUUCAAGGGACAGGCUCCGCUGCAGGCCACCGAUAACAAGGCCCUGGAGAGGAGGAGGAUACGCAGCUUGUACAGCGAGCCUUACAUAGACCCCGGCAAGCAGGUUGACAGGUAUAGCGCCACUCGCUCAAAACCCAAAAAGCCUGGAGCCGCAGCGGCAGGCCAGGGCAAGCCAGCGAAGAAAGCCAAAGAUAAGCAGAGCGCCGCACUGAGGGGCUCCAAGAAGACGACCUCGGAGAACCAGAGCGAGAACCGGCCGGCGGUGGGGGACAAGGAGAAAAGUAAAGAGAUGAACAACAAACUGGCUGAGGCAAAAGAAAUAAGACAUCGGGUUUGAACAUGACAUGCCAUCGCUCCUCCCGCCUCAUGCUACAUUAGAUCGUCAUAGUAACGAGUGGGCGGGAGCAUCCUCUCCUCUCUCCCAGCCAUUUGAUGCCACCCACCAACCCCCACUCUGCUCGCCUCCAUCUCCGGGUUGCCAUGGCUACCACCCACUGCCUGGCUAGCCAAUGGACGGCUCUUGUUGCAUGGGCCCAGUGACAAGCAAGUCUGAAGGGUUGGCUUUGAUCAACUGAGCAGAUUGCUUUGUUGAGUUUAUCAAGGAUUUUGUGUCUUUUCUUUUCUCUUUUUGUACAAAAAGUUCAUCAAAUUGGCACUGGGAAAUAUUUCAAUCUUUGAAAUUUUUUUUCUUUUUUUUUUCAAAUCUGAAAAUCUUUGAUAAAUGAGACGCUGAAUGUCAGACCCACGGCUUGUUUUUGUUGCUCCUCUGUUAUCUUUGCUACUGUUGUCUGUUCACGGUGCUCAGGCUCUGCUUUGGGCAGUGUCACCAUAAAAAGCUUUGUUAAAUGUGAUUCUGUGAUCAAAUGUAUCAUUUUAAACUAAACCCUGUUGUAUACUAAGUUGUCCUUAAUUUAUCUAAGGCACAAAAAAAAAACUCGUUUUCCCAUUUCCCUUUAUGUGCACGUCCAUACCGUGGUAUUUUGUAACAACCAGCUUGUUGCCAGCAAACCAUCUGGGUCACACUAAACCGGCCAUGCGUUGAACACCUGUCACGCAGCAUUCCCGCUGAAGUAGGUUACCCUGCCAUUACUACAUGUAACAUUAGAGUGAGAGCGUUUCUGAGUUUAGCGGAGAUUUUUGGGAAAACCUCUGUGUCCAUCUGCCACAUCUUUGCUAACAAGGCCGACGCAGCGGUUGCCGCAUGUGUUGCAGUGGCAGACGCACACGCGCAGCUCCUUUAAGCCUUUUUUUGUUAUGCACUCCGUUGAGGCAGACCGUAACCAAUGGGAUCAGUCUGCCGUAGGACGACAACAGUAUCGCCUCUUGAUAGCACUUCACCUUUAAAGACGGAGCUGCAUGGUCGAAGCACUGAAAAAUAACCGUUUACUGCCACGUUUCUUUUUUUCUCUAUGCUAAUAUCUUUUUUUUUUAUUAUUAUUGUGAUUUAAACUGUAAGGGGAACAGAGAUGUGACGCUCACUGUCAUCACUCUCUGUUUCUGCAUCCUCGUACUUGUUUUGCCCGCAUUCCAAGGCCAAAUAGCAUGUUAUUUUGAUGGAGCUGAGUUUAUUCUGGAUUGAUUUUUUUUGUCCUCAGUGGAAUGUGUUGGAGAAAAGGGAAGUAAGUCGUACUGUAACUGUUUACCUGUCAAACCCCCGUUAUAACCUCCUUUGUAUAUAUAGCGUAUAUUUGUCUAUAUGAUGAUAGCAGGGCUACGUGUCGGCCGAGGCCGACUCUACUUUCAGUCCGAAGCAUCCGGCUGAUUCCUUAAAGUUCUAGCGUAUAUUUAGAGAGACACUUUGUUAUAACUUAGAAGAGCACUGUGCAGUCUUGUCAUGGGGUUCAUCUCUCAUUGUGCUCCGGUGCAGCCCCCCACCGCCCCUCCACACACACACACACACACCUCGCUGUACUCAUUAGCUCUGCCACUCAGCAUCUGACGACUGUACCGUCUCUGUUUUCUGUCACGUCUGAGACAGCAGCAACCAUCACCACCGCCACCAUGUCUAUCCAAGCUGAGCUCAUUAGCAUUUUGCAGCCUUUGGUUGGUUGGUCACGUAACACGAGGGAGGGGGGGCUUGUAGGGGCAGUAAAUGUAAACACCACACACCCGGUGCUAUCUAUCUUUGUGAUUAUUAGGCAAAUAAGGAUAGAAAGUAUGGUUAUGAAAGUUAUGUUUGGGGCAAAAAAAAAUAAUAAUAAUAAUUCUGUGAUGUGCUUGUGUUCUAUCUGCUUGCUCAUAUUUAAUGAAACAUCACGAAUAAAUGCGAAAAGCAGAAAAAGCAGUGUCUUCCUUGCUUCAUUUUGUUAAGAGGAACGGUGAAAGAUUAGUGGUUGCAGGUAUCUGUCAGCGUUUCGCCUGUCCCAGUCUUUGUCUUUGUGACAUUUAUGGAAAAAAAAAAAUAAAAAUACAAUCCACAUGGAAGAGAACUUCUUUCUGUGCUUAUCCAAGAUUGCGCCGCAUUCUGGCAUGAGCCCUGGCAUCUUUUCCCCGAAAACCCUGCACGUUGCCCUCGCGUGAGAACUGAAGGAUAUAUUAUUAUUGCAUCGUGCCUCAAUAUAUUCCAAGGACUCAUCGGUUUUAGAGAGCAACAUGCAUGCGGAAAGGAUGUCCGGAAACUUAUUCCAGAAUGAGAUGUCAUGUGCUUCUUAGUCCGCCGGUUAAUGUACAAACAAUGCAAAAAAAAAAAGAAAAAAAAAAAAGAAUU